AGACAUGGAGCAAGGUUACGGAGGUUUGUGACUUCUGUUUGGCUCUGGAAAGGGCGGGAAGGGGUUGUACGGGUGGCACAGCCACCUCCAGGGAGAAGGCUGCAGACCGAGGCCUUCAACCUAAGCGCGGUUGCUGCAGGCCGGCCCUGCGGAGAGACGGCCGUGGAGCGCGCGCGCGCCGCUUAUUGGGCCUUGGUACCGUCGUUCCCGGGGCGCCGCCUGCGGAUUGGCCGGCAGAGCCUGAGGAGGCGGGUGGACACUGCAGCAGGCUUCAGGGGGCUGUUUGGGCCUUCUGAGCCGUUUUUGCCUUGCAGCCGUGGCUGAGCCAGUCUCGGCCUCGGUGAUUUCGGCGUUCGCAAUCUUGUCUUCCUCUUCCGAAGACGCCACAAGAUGGCGGCGCCGGUGGGCGGGGCUACGGCAUCGGAUCAUGGAGUCUGGCCCCGGUCUUUGGUGCUGGGGCUUGGGUAGGAGGCCGAGUGUAGGACCUGCCUCUCUCUAGGCUGCCGGGUAUUUGUGGUUCGGCGAGGCUUCUGCCGGGUUCUGAUGGCCCUUGUUGCCUGUCCCAGAAGCCGUCUGGGCUGCGCGGGGUCGGGGUCCAGCUCGGGGAUUAGCCUCAUUGGACGCCAUCUGUGUACCCGGCGCGUGGUGGCCAAGUGAGGCAGAGAUUCAGCGUAGAAGACAUUGAGAGACAAAUGCAGAGUAUUUCCAUGCGCAAAACUGGAAACCUAUUGUGCCUUGGGCCUGGUGACAGAUCGGCUGUUCUCUUUUAGGCAGUCAUUAGUGGUGGCCCGGAGGAGCCAAAGGGUUUCGUCGGAGGGGCCGUGCCCUUUCUCAACUUGGCUUCAGUGCCUAAAGUAGGACAGAGCUUUUUGAUCUGAGCUACCUGCUGGGAGCCUCUAGAAGCAGAGCCUCCUGGGAGGCCUUUGCUCUGCUGGGAGCCAAGUUUAUUCAGAGAGGACAGUUGGAACAUGCCGGAUGGGGCUUCUCCGGGUGUAGAGAAGCUAGUGAUCUGAUGAUCCUGGAUGCAGUAGAUAGGGAAGACUCAAGAUAGCUGGGUAGCAGGAUCCUAACAGCAGGAAUUGCAGAAACAGAUCGUUUGUAGUGUACUUUUGGAUCCUAGAGGAGGCUCAUCCUGGCUCUCCUGGCCUUUAGGAGUCUGGAUCUUGCCAUUCUUACCUCCCAUCAAAUCUUUCUGCAGGCUAUGGGGCGUGGAGUGCAGGAACUGCCAACACCCAGGGUGCAUAUGGAACCAGUGUGGCUGGCUGGCAAGGUUAUGAAAACUACAAUUAUUAUGGCGCCCAGAACACCAGUGUUACCUCAGGAGCAACCUACAGCUAUGGCCCAGCCUCGUGGGAGGCCACCAAGGCCAGCGAUGGUGGCUUGGCAGCGGGAGCCCCUGCUAUGCACAUGGCCUCUUAUGGCCCAGAGCCAUGCACGGACAAUUCUGACUCCCUCAUUGCCAAGAUCAACCAGCGCUUGGACAUGAUGUCCAAGGAAGGAGGCAGGGGCGGGAGCAGCAGCAGUGGGGAGGGCAUGCAGGACCGGGAGAGCUCCUUCCGCUUCCAGCCAUUUGAGUCCUAUGACUCCAGGCCUUGCCUGCCUGAGCACAAUCCUUACCGCCCAGGCUACAGCUAUGAUUAUGACUUUGACCUGGGGUCCGACCGCAACGGCAGCUUUGGUGGGCAGUACCAUGACUGCCGGGACCCAGCCCGAGAACGGGGCUCCCUUGACAGUUUCAUGCGAGGCCGGGGCCAGGGCCGCUUCCAAGACCGGAGUAACCCCAGCACCUUCAUGCGCAGUGACCCCUUCAUGCCACCCUCAGCCUCUGAGCCUAUGUCCACUCCUUGGAAUGAGCUGAACUAUGUGGGCGGACGGGGCCUGGGCGGCCCUUCCCCAAGUAGGCCACCUCCAUCCCUCUUCUCCCAAUCCAUGGCUUCCGACUACAAUAUAAUGGGCAUGCAGGGGGCAGGCAGUUAUGACAGCCCGAUGCCUUAUGGAUGUGGCCAGUCACAGACACGGCUACGGGAUCGGGAUCGAGAUCGGCCUAGGAGGAGAGGGUUUGACCGCUUCGGACCAGACAGCAUGGGCAGGAAACGGAAGCAAUUUCAGAUUUACGAGGAGCCGGACGCCAAACUGGCCCGGGCUGACAGUGAAGGAGAUUUUUCUGAAAAUGAUGAUGGAGCUGGUGACUUCCGGUCAGGUGAUGAAGAAUUCAGGGGUGAGGACGAAUUCUGCGACUCCGGGAGGCAGAGAGGAGAGAAGGAUGAGGAAGAUGAAGAAGUAAAGAAGAGAAGAGAAAAGCAGCGAAGGAGAGACAGGAUGCGAGACCGAGCCGCCGAUAGGAUUCAGUUUGCCUGUUCUGUGUGUAAGUUUCGUAGCUUUGAAGAUGAAGAGAUUCAGAAGCAUCUGCAGAGCAAAUUUCACAAAGAGACGCUGCGGUUUAUAAGUACCAAGCUACCUGAUAAGACGGUGGAGUUCCUCCAGGAAUAUAUCAUCAAUAGGAACAAGAAAAUUGAGAAGCGGCGUCAAGAACUAAUGGAGAAGGAAAGCACAAAACCAAAACCAGAUCCUUUCAAAGGGAUUGGCCAGGAGCAUUUCUUCAAGAGGAUUGAGGCGGCUCACUGCCUGGCCUGUGACAUGCUGAUUCCAGCACAACACCAGCUUCUCCAGCGGCAUCUGCAUUCUGUUGACCACAAUCACAACCGCAGGUUGGCUGCUGAACAGUUCAAGAAAACAAGUCUUCAUGUGGCUAAGAGUGUUUUGAACAAUAGACACAUAGUGAAGAUGCUGGAAAAAUACCUCAAGGGUGAGGACCCUUUCACCAAUGAAACUGUUGAUCCAGAAAUGGAAGGAGAUGACAACUUAGGAGGUGAAGAUAAGGAAGAGACACCUGAGGAGGUGGCUGCCGAAGUCUUAGCUGAGGUGAUUACAGCAGCAGUGAAGGCUGUAGAUGGGGAAGGAGUGCCCGCCCCAGGGAUUAGUGAAGUGCCAGUCAAAGUGGAAGGCCCCAUGAACACAGCGGAGGCCAGCAGUAAUGUCCAGGCUGAACAACCUCUAGAAGAGGUGCCCUGUGGACCAGCAUCUGGGAAGGGGACCGUUGAAGCUGGAAGUGAGGCUGAGACACUGGCAGCUGAGGCAGAAAAUGCAGGGACUGCAGCUGCUCCUGCCCCACCUGCCAUGGAAGCCAAAGUGGAAGAAACUGAUGUGGAGUCCAAAGAUGAUAUUCCCAUAGAAUGAUCCUCAUUUCCCUGUUUCAAGGGACGUAUUAUAUACUGCAUUGCUCUUUCUUCCUUGGUUUGUAAGCAGUACUAGGGUGUGUAUUAUUGGAAUAUGCUCUAAACUAAUUGAAGAGACCUAGCCAUUUCCUUCUGAACAGUGUACCUCAUGGUUUGUUUUAUACAAGCUUUUAAACUCAGCCUGGGUUUAAAAGCUGCAGAAGUUGUGCAUUCCUCCCAAGCAGCUGUUAUGUAUCUAUUUACCAUGCAGUUGCAAUAAUAAAAAAGAUUGGGUGAUCACCCCUUGAUGAUACUUUCCUUGUUAAAUACAUCCACUGGCUGAAUUAUCUCCUUUUGCCUUUUUUUUUUUGUUAUUAUUGGGAACAGCUCAACAAUAGGAAUAUAUUUUACAUUCUAAAGGAUUUUUUUUCUUUUUUUGUUUCAAGCAUUUGCUUUGGCUUCAGUUUUACCCUCUGCUUAUGUAGCACACACUAUAUUUUGUGAUUCUCACAAGAUGUGAGGAUCUUGUGGCAGCGUCUCAUUAACAUGUGGUGUUGGUUAUGUCAUAUCUGUGAACUCUGUCAAAGGUCUGAUGAGUCUGACCGACCUGCACCAUUGGAAGCUCACCACUUGACCCUCAAGAAUGAGGAUUCUUUGAAUAAAACAUUGUUUUCCAAUCUUCAAUCCUUGGUGAAUCACUUAUAUUUUACCUCAUUUGUGUUCCAUCUCUGUAUUACUUCUGGUUUUCUUUUUCUUUGAGUCAAUCCUCACUUAAGUGUAUUUAAAAAGGAAACUUACAUCACUACUGUAGAUGGAAAACCAAUAUAAAUUGCCAUAGAUAGAUGCUAUCUGUAAAAUAAUAUAAUGGUAUAGACAUAUUUCAUUUUAGAUAAAUAACUAUUCCUUUGGAGGUUUCUGAAUCUGAGAAAGGGAGGAUAGCAUGUGUUAAAGGGUGGCAUGCAAAAGUUAAUACUUUCAUAUCAUCAGAAGAAUUGGAAGAUCCUUCCCUUUUCAAAUGAUCCUGCUGUGUCUGUUUCCCUGGAAAUCUCUGAACUGUAUACAUCUCGCAUUUUGGGAAAUCUUGGCCAGUGGGAAAUGAGAGAAAAAGAGGCAAUAAAAUAUUUGAUGAGCAUCUAUUCUAUAUCAGGUGCUAAUUCAUGAUAAAAAUUCUAAGAUACGGGCACUACUCUCAAGGAGCCUUAUUGGAAUUGUGAAAUUUAUGAAGAUGUCGAUAUUAGAAUAAUAAACUGCUUAAUAUGA